CCCGAUUUCUACGCGUGCUACCUACUGCUGUCGCAGAAGCCAAAAUGCGCCAAUCACACUUAUGUAGGGUCAACUCCGAAUCCCUUGCGGAGACUGCGGCAGCACAACGGGGAGAUCAAGGGUGGUGCAAAGAAGACCAUGAGGAAGAGGCCAUGGGAAAUGGUUGCAGUAGUGUGGGGCUUCCCAAACAAAUAUGCGGCUCUUCAGUUUGAGUGGGGCUGGCAACGACCAAAUCUUUCCCGGCAUUUUACCACGGCGUACCCCGGGGUCUAUAAAGGAUCAUGGGCAGAGCAGCUGCUGGCUAUUAAGCUGCGUGUUCUUUCGGAUAUGUUGCACUUGCAGCAGUGGGCGCGUUGGCCGCUCAACAUCCACUUCACGUCGGAGAAGGUGGCGUCAGCGUUCAAUAAGCUUCCAACGGCUCCUCCGCCGCACAUCCGCGUCUACUUUGGAUCGCUUGUCGAUAUUAUCUCGUACAUCCCAUCAUGUGGUACGUCACACGAAUGCGCGCUUUGCCGACAAGUUCUCGACACCAGACAGACCGAUUCAUAUGUCGACUGCCAUGGGAAGGAUUGCGAGAUGCAGGCACAUCUCCUUUGUAUGGCAGAUCAUUUCUUAGUGACCGAGCAGGAAUUGGAUCGAAGCCGUGAUGAAACGGCAAAGGCCGAACUGCUUCCGGUGAUCGGAGACUGUCCGCUGUGCCACAUGGAACUUGUAUGGGGCGAUCUGAUUUCACGGAUACGAGAGAGG